GCCAAUGCCACAUUGGCGAGUGUACAAACUUUGCGGACAACUGCGUUGCAAGGUCCUGCAGCGUUUCCUUUCCUCGUUAACUCCACAGAGGUUAAGUGUUAUCAAUGCGGUGGUUCGGAUUUGGCUUCAACGCAUUUGGACAGAUAUGCGUCCCUGAAAAUUUAACCAAAGAAGAAGAUAGCGACGCCUCCAAGGAAGUGAAAGUGUUUCAUCCAAAAGAGCUCAGAAGUUAUGUGGAAAGAAGUGGCUGCUGCUUGAAGACGAGUCGAAUCAGCGCAAGUUGGAGUCGAAGAGCAUCUUUGCAUUUGGAUGGUGAGAGCCGUGUGAGCCUGACAGGUUUCGAGGCGGGCGGUAUUUCUGUGGAAGACAGUCGUGGUUGUAAAGAUGCUCACAUCAGUGAAUCAUACUUGACCCUUGUUUUCCUAGAUAGGAUAGAAUGUUGGAAUCUGCAGGAGGAGGAAAAGACUCCAUCAUGGAGCAUGGAGAUACAAAGUCAUUUGGAGCGCUCUGGAUACCCUCUAAAUCUCCCAUUGGUCACUGGGGGUUACAUAGCCCCCAAACCUCCCUUCUACCGCCCCUUGUCACCACACCUGACGGCCAAGAGUCUGGCACUGGGUGCAAAGCACGCCAUACUCCUCAGUGUGUCUGGAGCUGUGUACACCUGGGGGUUGGGCAGCCAUGGUCAGCUGGGGCAUGGUGGCCUCACCUCUGAGGAGGAGCCCAGGGUAGUGGAGGCACUCUGGGGGAUGCCCAUGAGCUGUGUAGCCACAGGAGGCUGGCACUCUGUCUGCAUUAGUGAUGGGGGUGACCUUUACGUGUGGGGCUGGAAUGAAAGUGGCCAGCUCGGACUUCCAUCUCGAGGUCUGAGGACAGCACAACAGCAGCAGCAGCAAAGUAGCAAACAAGCAGAAGCAUUGUGCCAAGAUACCGCCUCAUCUCCCAGUGAAAAGCCACAAGAUGGAGAGAAACACGAGGUGUUCAUAUCGAUCCAGGCCUUCCCGGCUCUCCUGGAUGUCACUCCAUCAUGUGAAAUCAGGACAAUCAGCUGUGGCUCCCGGCAUACAGCUGCAGUAACAACCACAGGGGAACUCUACACUUGGGGCUGGGGUGAAUAUGGCCAGCUUGGACACCAGACUUUAAUCAGUUUAGAUGAACCCCAGCGUGUGGAGUUCUUCAAAGAGCAGCAGAUGUGUGUGGUCGAUGUAGUGUGUGGGGCAUGGAACACCUUUGCUGCUGUUGCCAAGGAGGAAGUAGCUUGCUCUUAAAAUACUGUGGAAAUUCCCCCUGAUAAACAUGGACAGUGGACUUCAAACAGCAUACCAGGAAGUGCAAAUUAUAAUGUCAAAUAAAUGGGAGGCACUGGGUUAAAUAUAUUAUGUGAUA